GUCAGACAGCUGUCAGCUCAGUCCUUUUCAUAGAAUAGUUUGUGGUCACUGAGCGUAAACAAACAUUCACUGUUUAAAAACAUUUGAAAUUAUUAAUAUUUCUCUGUAAUUAUAACAUUGAAAGAAGCCUAAGCUUACGUUUAAUCGUCUCCAUCGAAAGUUUUUUAUGUCCAGAGUAAUCUCGACAAAAUUAAAACAGGUUUUUUGAUACAGAAAGCUACGGUGGUUUACUGCGAUUAAAAGCGAUAACUUAUAGAAAAAUACUAAAAGUUAAUUCACGGAAUCAUCAUGCGUGUCUUUAUGGCAGAGGAUAAUUUGUGUGCUCAAAAUCUUCUAAAAUUAGUAUCACAUGGAAAUGCAAUAGUUGCUGAAAUUUUACGCCUUAAAGAUCACAAACCUGCUGUUUAUCUUUUAGAGACUAAAGAUGCACACCACAAAUAUCAGGAUGUCAUCAUGGAUUUUAGUUACUUUAAAGUAUCUGAGGUGCAAGAAAAGAAAAUCCUUUCAACAAUGAAACUGCAAGAUUUAGACGAUGAUUUAAAAGAAAAAUAUUUGGAGAUAAUCAAUCGUUUUUAUUUGCUGUUUGAAAAUAUUUACCAAUACAUAGUGGAUCUGAAUACUUUUAUUGACCAACUUCAUGACGGGGCUUUUAUACAGCAAAGCAUUGAAACAGUCAUGAGAGAUAUCGAAGGAAAACAAUUGUUGAGUGAAUCAUUGUAUCUUUAUGGUGCAAUGUUAUUAUUAUGUGACCUUUAUAUAUCUGGUCCUGUGAGAGAAAGGCUACUUGUUGCAUUUUAUCGGUAUAGUACAAGUCAGUCACAGUCCAAUGUUGACGAUGUUUGUAAAUUAUUAAGAGAUACUGGAUAUAAUCAACAACAAUGCAAAAGACCAACUGAUUACCCAGUUGAAUACUUUGGUCGAGUACCCAUUCGAGCAGAUUUUUUAGAGAAAGUUAUAGGCAAACUUAGAUCGGAAGAUAUCUACAACCAAUUAACUGUAUAUACAAUACCAGAACACCAAGCUUCAGCAUUAGCUACUCAAGCGAGUAUGCUUGUUAUAUGUUUAUUCUUUACGCCACACUACUUACAUUCAGAUACAUCCAAAAUGCGAGAAAUUGUUGAUAAGUUCUUUCCCAGUAACUGGAUUAUACCCGUUUAUAUGGGGGUAACCCUAAAUCUAAUCGAUUUUUGGGAAAACUUUAAAGCAGCUAAAGCAGCUCUUCUUAAUACUUGUAAUAGUAAAAUGGUGAAGUCAGUUUUUAAUAAACGAGGCAUUUCAGUGCCGAUGUUGCUUAACAAAACACACCAGCUAUUAAAAGAAGGCACCAUGACCGAAGACUUCGUUUUGGAUAAUAUUAGUAAAAUACUGAAUCUGUUACUGAAUUCUAAUUUAGUUCUGCGUUGGUUGUUGUUGCAUAGCAGUGAUGUAACUUUCUAUGAUAAUAGUAGAAAAACCAAACAGCUGAAGGAUCUGGUGCAGAAGGAAUCUAACUACGAUCCACUGAAAUUGUUAGAGCUGCUAAUAAGCACUGCAGAAUUGGAAUUAAAAGUAAGAGAGAUGUUAAAGAAAUUGCUUGAUAACAGAUGUGACUCUUGGAAUAACAACAAAGCUCUUGCUUUAGAUGCCAUCAAUAAUUUGUCGGAAUUAUUUUCUGGAGCUAAACCGAUCACUAAAGUACAAGAAAACGAGCAACUUAAGCUGUGGUUUGAUAAUAUUGCUAAAGAAAUAAUGUCGUUGAGUGAUACAAUUACAACAAAAUCGAUAAAGAACAUAACGCAGUUAAUACAAGCCUUAGAUGAAGUGGAAGAAUUUCACGGUAUAAAAAGUACUUCGACUAUUGUGCAGUUUCUAUCGGAGAGUAAAGAAUCACUCAAAAAUGUUUUGAGGACAGCAACCCUUAAAGAAGAUUCUUUGGUUACUCUGGAGACCGUAGCGGAUGUAAGCUAUGCUUGGUGCAUAAUCGAUUCAUAUACCAAUUAUAUGCAAGAUAGCAUUAAAGAAAAUCCCGCUGUUACUAGCAGACUGAGAGCACUGUUUCUUAAACUGGCAAGUGCUAUGGAAAUUCCAUUGCUUAGAAUAAACCAAGCUCAUAGUGAUGAUUUAGUGUCUGUAUCCCAAUAUUAUAGUAACGAAUUAAUUAAAUAUAUACAAAAGGUUUUACAAAUAAUACCAGAGAUGGUUUUUAGCAUAGUCGAGAAAAUUAUUGACCUUCAAACUUGGACGCUCAAAGAAGUGCCUACUCGCUUAGAAAAGGAUAAAUUGCGUGAAUACGCUCAAUUGGAGCAAAGAAUGGAAGUAGCUAAGUUAACCCAUUCUGCGUCCACUUUCACUACUGGUAUUCUUGAUAUGCGGUCUACUUUAGUCGGUGUUAUUCGAGUUGACCCAGCUGAACUACUUGAGGUGGGAUUGCUUAAAGAACUCGACAGACAUAUCAGUAAGAAAUUCGUGGAGUUUCUGGAACCCCCAGCCAAGAAAGCAUCGUCAACAAAUUUACUACCGCGUUUACAGAAAUUGGCUGAAAGCAUGGAUGGAUAUAAGAGGUCUCUAGAGUACAUUCAGGAUUACAUUAAUAUACAUGGUCUCAGAAUAUGGCAAAAACAGAUAUCGGCGAUAAUUAGCGAAAGUGUAGCCAAGGAAAUCAGUUUACGUAAAGGGGUUACACUGUACAGCCCAUCUGCCGGUUUCAUGGGCAGUCUGGCGCGGCAGAUUGUACAAUUAGCGGAUGUAAGGAGUUGCGUCUACUUGAGUAUCAGUACUGCAUGGCAUGAUAUCAAAAAUCAAAACGAGGUCCUAAACAGCAAAUUCUUUUCAAAACUCAAUGAAGCUGUAGGUGUUGUUGGUCUAUUUGGUCUUGAUACUUUGUAUGCUCAUAUGAUAAAGAAUCAGCUACAAAAUGUUCACCAAAUACUCAGAAGUAGUCAAUACAAAAGUAUUUUGGGAAGUACAAGAACAGAUGUGAAAGAAAUUGAUCAGCUUCUUAUAAAGGGACAAAAACUCUUGCAACAAUUAUCAGAAGUUUUGGUGUUAGUGGGAACAUUGCAAAUCAUCAGGAAACAUAUAGCAUAUCAACUCAAUACUAUGUGUAAAUUUGACUCUGCACACCUAGAAGCUGCGCUGAGGACAAUGAACGAUGCUCUGAUCAAUGAAUUAAAACAGUGUUCCAUAGAACCUGAUAAACAGUGUAAUAUUUCAACAAAACUAAUAGAACUCUUUGAAGAACACCUUGUUAGAUGUGGUAUCAAUGAACCUUUUGAGAAAAUAUAUUUGAAAAUGCCUCAAGAUCUGCUAUACAUAGAAAUGGGCCAACUUUUAGGAUUGCUUUUAAUAUCACAGUUAGCAAAACUGCAGGUUUGCCUGACAACUGGUGAUAUAAUUACAAAAAAGAUGGGAGAAAACAUAGACGGAUAUCCAUUAUUGGUUGGCAUUUAUACAUUGUUGAGACAAACAAAAACUACUUACAUGGACACAUUUAUUGAUUUCAUAUGUGCCUAUUCUAAAAUAACAACCCUAAACAGAACUAAGCUUUCGGAAACGGUCAGUGAUGGUGGCUUCACUGUGAGAAUUCUGGAAUUGUUCUGUGAAACAUUUAAUUAUUCUUUUGAUAAAAUUGAAGACAAACUACCGCUAGUAUUGCUUUCAAAUCCUGUACAAAAAUGAAGAUAUUAGAAUAUUGUGAUACAAUAUAUAUAAAUUCAUAAUCUAACAUGUAGCUAAACAACGACCUAAAUUAUUUUUUACUUAAAUAACAAUACAUUUAUAAACAUAAUUCUCAGGUAUUUUUAAUUAUUUGUAAUUUUGUCUGGCAAGUUCUGGAUUAAACUGGGAAUUGUAUUUUGGUUUAAUUUUAGUUGCCUGAGCUUUGGUUUCAGUUGCACAGGUGGUUGUUGAUUUACUAAACCCACUUAGGAAUACAUCUGUCUUAUAUUUUUCUUCCUGCUCUCUUUUAAGACGGGCCUCUCUAAGUUUUUGUAACUUUUUAUUUUUAUCCUCUUUACUUGAUACAUCUUUUCUUCUGUUAUUUUUCUCUUCAUUUUUGUUAUUUUUAUCUUUGCCAGAUGUUUCUCCACAAUAUUUUCUAAAUUUGUUUAUUGGGUCAUGUUUUUGUUUUGAUUUCCAAUCACAUUCACCAUUAAGAACAUCUGAACAUCUUUGCUUAGGCUUUCCAUCAACAUCUUUAAGGACUAAUUUUUCAUAUGUAUCUUUAAUAUUGUUUGAUUCUGCAAUUCUAGCACUAGGAGCUACUUCAUACCAAUUCUUCUUUUUGAGAAUUUCAUUUGUAUUUUGGCCAAGGUAUGUCAAAUAACCAAUUUUUUUCUCAUAUUCUUCUUGUUUUUCUUUGAUUUCCUUUUCAUGUUCUUUAUUUUUGAAAUUAACAGAAUGUUCUAUAUCUAAAAAUAAAUUAAUAUGUUGAGAAUGAACAUCUGCAUCAUUGCUGGAUGUUUUUAUAUCAAUACCCAAUUCGUGUAAUUUUAUUUUGCUGUUCUGCUUUAAAAUGUUAAGUCUGGCUUCACGGUCUGCCGUUUCAAUACGAAGUUUUUCCUGUCUUUGUUUUUCAGCAGCCUCUGCUUCAUCUUUUCUAACUCUAGCAAUGUUUUCCUUCGUUCUUACGUGCCACCUGGAAAAGAAAAGUUUGAAAAGUACCUGCUUAGUUUAAAUUUCAACUAUUUUGCUAAUAAUUGAUUAUUUUAGAACUUUAACUUUAAUUACUUACCUUUUUUUUGGAAGAAUAUUCAUUUUUAUUAAUUAA